AUGAAGGACAGUUCUUUGUCUAACCGAGAUACCAACAAGCUAGAGGCCAUUGCUCAGGAGAUAUAUGUAGACCUAAUAGAGGAUUCUUGUUUGGGCCUCUGCUUUGAGGUACACCGGGCAGUCAAGUGUGACUACUUCUACCCAGAGUUCGAAGAAACUGGCAGCAUGAAGGAUUUUGGCACUCAGCCAGUAGAAGAUAAAGGAGCGUGCUGCCUCCAGCUUUGCUCCCUUCCUGGAGAAUCUGGGAAUGGGCCCGAUCAGCAGCUGCAACGCUCACCCAGAGAAUUCUAG